UUUAAGGAAGUACACGUGAGAAACGCGUGUGUGUUGAUAGUCAGCAAUAGGCCCUGUAUGAACUAUGCUGCAGUCUAGUAAUUUGGUACAGCUUUUGGUUGGACGUGAUGCACAGAGAAUCGAUAUUCAUUCAGUACCAGUGGUCGAAAAUUCUAGCAAUUUAUGUUUUCAAGCCAGAAGAGGCGAUGGACUAAAGGAAAACAGCUCACCGUUUCACUUUACACCCCAGAGAAUCCGCUUAGACAAAGAUGAUGAGAUAUUUGUGGAUGGAGAUGUGCACCGACACUUGUAUUUGCAGGAUCUUGUGACCCCUCUCACAGAUGAAUCUCCAGCGUUAAACAUUUCAGAGUUCCAGUGUCACAUUGCUGGCUGUAAGCAGCUCUUUGACACUGUUGAGGGAUAUGAGCACCACUACAAUUCACUUCAUCGUCAUGUGUGCUCCAGCUGCAAGCGCUCCUUUCCAUCCAACCGUCUGCUGGAUAUACACAUAUUAGAGUGGCACGACUCUCUCUUUCAGGUUAUGGCAGAGAGAGAGUGUAUGUAUCAGUGUUUGGUUGAGGGAUGUGGACUGAAAUUCCAAACCAGCAGAGAAAGGAAAGAGCAUUUGAUCACAACUCACAGCUAUCCAUCAGACUUCAGAUUUGACAAACCAAAGAAAAUCAAAAGAGGAACAAAAGAGGAGCAGAUUCCUCAGCAGGAGGAAAUGUGUUUGACAGGGCCUGGUAAUGUAGUUAGCCAACAUGGAGAAUUAGAGAAUUGUGAGUUGAUGGAUUUUUCUCUCACCAAAGAGUCCGAAACCCACGAGCCUGUCCUUCCUGAGCGACAAAAACCACAUUAUUCAUAUAGGGUGCCACCAACUAUUUGUUUUGGCCAUGGCUCAGUCAGAGGCUUCAGAGGUGGGAGGAAAAAGAAGUAGAGAAAAUGUCUUACAUACUGUAUCGUUUAUAUGAUCUUAUUUCCUACAUCCAGAGCAAUAUUCGAGAACUAUUUUUUCAAUAAAAAAUGAAGCAAAAACAAA